UUCAGCUCCGCGUCACUUGCCUUGAAACUGCAAACCACACCUAGAAGUUUACCCGCUCCCAAAACAAGAGACGACGACAGCAACAACAACUCUUAAGAACGAAGACGAGAAUGUCAAACAGCAUCUUCGGCCCCCCUUCCUCCCCGCCUAAUUUCCUCCCCUCCACCCCGGACCGCCGCUAUACCUCCAAGACCAACAACAAUAACAAAAACAGCAUCUUCGGCCACUCCGAAACAAGCCAUCAGCCCAACACCCCGGCUGGCCCGCCCCCGACCGGCGGCGGCCACUCCUCCACCGCUAGCUUCACGCCCGCCGGCGCGCCCUCGGCCAGCUACCUGGGCAGUUCCAUCAUGCGCGGUGUGUCGGGCGGCCGCGGCACAACAAAAACGAAAAGGGAGGAUCCCCCGCCGGUGGGGUUGUUCACGGGCAUCGGAGGCGGGUUCAACUCGGCGGCUGGGUUUACCGGUGCUGGUGCUGGUCCUGGUGGUGGUGGUGGUGGGGGCCUCGGUGCGGGGAAGAAGAACCUGUUUGCUGGCGCUGCUGGGCUUGGGAAUACUGGCGGCGGGGCCAAGAAGAGGAAUAUCACGCCGCUGGGGAGGUCGAUCAUUCAUGGCAGGCAGCCGAGCGGGCCGAGUCGGUUAAGUCGGGCCGUUGCUGCUACUACUGCUGCCGAUGAUGAUGGGCAGGAUGAAGAGGAGAAGAGGCCGAAGACGUUUGGGGUGCCGGCGUUUGAUGAUGACAGUUUUGGGGAGGAUGAUAUCAACCUAAGAGGAGGAGCUAAAGGGAAAGAGGAAGAGGAGGAGGAGGAGGAAAGGGAUAUGUGGCUUGACAUGCCUGAGGAGGGUGGACGGGAGAUUGGGGACGAGUCGGAUCUGCUGAUGCUCGCGACGCCCGCUGCGACGGAGAGGGUGCGCCGCGAGGCCGAGGAUAUCUUCCGCGCUUCGGUGGUACAGGCGGGCGGGGCUGUGCGGAGGACGGAGUUCCGGUACACGGCCAUUGCGAGGGAUGCGUAUCACCAGCUGGGCACGGCGCCCAUCACGGAGCCGGCGCAGGUCAUUCUGGGCACGGAGAAUCUGAUUUCCAGGCUCUACGACGAAGGGGUGGGAGAGACGGAGGAUGAGGGGAAGAUGGACGAUACCCUGGCAACGGUGGCGGGCAAGGUCACCGCGCUCUGGAAGAGCCACGUGGAUAAGCUCCCGCGGCCGACGGAGGAGCAUGCCGCGGAGAUCGGACCGGGCCCGCACGCCACUGCCUUCGAGAAGGCGUAUUACCUCGCCAAUCUGGCGCUGCAGAUCCACCACACGAGAUACGACGACGGCGGCAUGGGCCGCGCGGAACCGCUGCCCGAGACGCUGUUCCGGUGGCUGGACGAGUACCACGACAUGUACGGGAACCAGGUGGACGAGAUCCUGCGGUGCCGGCCCAGCCCGGCGUGCCAUUCGCUCUUCUGGCAGGCCGUGUUCAUCGCGCUGCUGCGCGGCAAGGUCGGCGACGCGGUGGCUCUGCUGCGACAGGCGGGCUGGGGCCAUGUUCGGCGCGGCCAGCGCGGCGAGUACGCCUAUGUCGACCGGGCGCUCGAGAAUGUGCAGCGCGCGGCGGAGCAGACCAUCGCCGUGCUGGAGAGCUGCCCCGGGUACGACGGCAACUGGGAGGUCUGGAGCAGCGACUGGACUCUGUUCCGUGUGCGGGCGCAGGGCGCGCUGGAGCACCUCAGGCGGUUUGCUGAGGGCAGGGAGAGCGCGUUUGCCGAUUCGACGUUCUCGGCUUCUCUUUCGUCUGAGCCAAGGAGUAGGCAGUCCAUGGCCGGCAUGGCGAGGCGGGCGGAGAGUCAGGUGCCUUGGGAAAUAUACGAGAACCUGAACAUCGUGUUUGAUAUCGUCCUGGGUCAACAGGACGCCAUCCUGGAAGCGGCGCAAGACUGGCUGGAGGCGACCGUUGGCCUGUUCGGCUGGUGGGAUGAGCAAAGGACUACAGCGGAAAAGCCCUUCUCCAUGUCGCGGUCGCAGGCCCUGGUUCUCGCGUCGACACCGGCUUCGGACUCGGAGAGCUAUCUGGACCGCCUUGCGCGCGCCUUCCACGCGGCGGUGGAGUCGGACUUCCACUUCAACGCGCAGAAUCCCGUCGAGAUUGGCAUGGCCUGCGUUUUCGAAGACAAUAUCAAGGCGGUGGUCGGCCUGCUUCGUGGCUGGUCGCUCCCGGUUGCCGCCGCGGUGGCCGAGAUCGCGUCCCUUGGGAAGUGGCUGCCCCCUCACCAUCCUUCGGGGGCGUUCGGGCUCGAAGAUCUGGACAUGGAUGAUCUCGAGGUCCUGGGCAUGGAUCCCGGUGCUCCAGACGAGAUCGACGGCAUCAAGGACAGCACACUGGUGCAAUAUGCGCAGGCGCUGGCGGACUGCGAGGGUCUGUCGGCCGUGAAGGACAAGCCGGGAUUCUCACGGGACGGCUGGGAGCUGGCGAUUAGCGUGCUCGGCCGGAUAGACUCGCCAGAGCGGUCCGACGAGAUGGUGAGAGAUCUGGUGGAGCACUUGGUCCAGGAGCUGCAUGUGGACUCCAACGAGACGGUGGAUAGGCUAUGGGCUCUGUUGAAUGAGCUGGGCAUGAUCGAGUAUGCUCAGGAUACAGCGGAGACAUAUGGAGAUAUCCUCGCGCGCGAUUCGCACCGCUACGGCGAGGCCAUGUGGUACUAUGCCCUCGCACACCGGCCGAACAAGGUCCGCGAGGUCAUGAACCUGCUUAUCUCGUACUCGCUGAUCCAGUCUACGGCGUUCCCGCCCUCGAACGACCUAGACGACUACCUCCACAAGCUGCUUACCGACCGCAAGAGGACUCUCGAGCAGUGCGCGAAACAGGACAUGGAGGCGGCCGAGCUCCUGGGCAAGAUGCUCAGCGGCUACGCCUCGCUCCGGCAGUUCUACGAAAUCCGCGACAACGAGGACGCGCUGCCCAACGCAACGGCCCAGGCGCGCCGGCAGCAGGCCGCCACCGCGCUCAUCAGCGUCAUCGCCAGCUCCGACGACAACAUCCGCGGCGGCCUGUUCGACCAGACCCGCGACGGCAUCGUCAGCGAGGACUUCCUCCUCGCCCUGCUCGGCGAGGCCCUCGUGUUCGUCUCCGACCCGGACAACACCAACGUCCACCACGGCCAGCUCGACGCACCCGUCAUCACGCUCGACCAGAUCGACAUCAUCCUCAAGGCGAUCGAGGACCUGCAGGCCGUCGGCAGCCGCGUGUACAGUGCCUGCGACGAGUUCCUGCAGCUGGUGCUGGCCUCGGCGCCGGGCGGGCUCAAGGGGUCGACGCCGGCCGACCUGCUCAAGAAGAGCGAUGGCACUAACCUGGUGCUGGGCGGCAGCUCGGUCAUGGCGAGUCAACUGCAGAAAUCGCUCAGCGGAAAGGGCGCGCUGGGUAAGGUGGCCGUGAAGAGGGGUUGGGACUGGCGCACCGAGGUGGCGGCUUUCAAGACGAAGGGAGAGGAUGUCAUGAAGCGGUUGAGGCUGGGCUUAGCGAAGGAUUUGGCCGGGUUGUGGUUGGCCGAGGCGGAUGCGAUGGUCUGGUGAGGGACCGUAAUUGGGGGGAUAGGCUUUCGGUUUUGUGGUAGAAGAAAACUGCGCGCAUCGUAACGGUGCUGGGUGUUUAGGCUAGAUGUGUUAAGGGAUGUAUGGUUUCUGGAAUGUGACCGGUAUUGAUUGGGAUAUACAUAAGGUAGUAAGUGGUAUAGUCCUGGAGAGAUUCC